AUGCUUAAAGAAGAAAAGCAAAAAACCAUGGAUAAAGUGGCAAGGAACUACUACGACAUGCUGUAUUCUCAGCAUAAUCAACUUCAACGGUAUGAACACUAUAAUUAUAAACUACAUACUGUAAAUAUCAAAUUUCAGUGUGAACAAAAAGAACAUUAUGGCAAACAUCCGAUACAUUCACAUGUUUUAUAAACAUGGAAAUAGUCGUUCGUCCUGAUAUUAUGUGUGGGUCAUUGAAGUUGUGAGAUAAGGCCAUUCAGAAAUACAUAAACCCAGGUUUAGCGCUAACCGAACUUCCAAGCUUUGAACAACAAUCCUGGAUGUUAAAAACUCGCAUCACUACAGUAUAUACACGAGUGCAAUGUGCAUCCAACACAGAAACACCCUGUUACAGUACGUCGCAGUGUAAAAAAACUCUCUUCCUCUUAUUUUUCAUUGCAGAGAAGAGAGGGAAAAAUACUAUCACCAUCGUCAGGAAGCGAAAUCAAAACCCGAGAAGAUCGCUUGUGUGAUAAUUGAUGGUAUGGAUCAAAUGAAAUUAUUAAUUCCUAAAAUGCUCAAUCAAGCCAAAGCAUACGCAAGUGCUUGGAGACUGAAAACACAUCUUACAGGUAAUUAUGACUUUUGGUUUUUCGCUGGAAUUUUCCGGGCAUUGCCCUGGGUCUUCAUCAGGGUUAAUAGUAUUGUUUGCAAAGAUGAAGAUUUGGGUUUGGAUAUCUAAUAUUUUGUCAAAUAUACAGAGGGUGCAUUUGCAGAGCAAAAACCAUGCUAUAAAGCGAUGAUAAACCUGUAUUUCUAGGCCUGUCUUUGCCUCAUUCGGUAAUAUAGAUUGGCUGGUUGAACUAGUCAGCCAACUAGUGAUUAGAAAACUAGAAAACAGCCUGUCAAUGCCAGACCUAAGGCUUUUAAUGUAAACACAGUUUAUAUGCAAAAGUUUAACUAUAGCAUCGUGAACUUAUAUCUAAUAUCCUACAGGUGUUAUCAAUCAUGGCAGAGAAGCUCUUGGCUAUUUCGAUCUCAACCAGUGGCCGCAUGACAGUAACCUUACUUUAAAUGUUUUGUUGCAUGUUAUUUUGAGAAUGAACCCAAUCCCGGAUAAACUUUAUCUUCAAAUGGACAACUGCUGGAGGGAGAAUAAAAAUUAAUUUGUCCUUACGUUUCUUGGUGUUCUAGUUCAGUUGGACAUCUUUAAAAAAGUGCUGCUUUUUGUUGAAAAAAAUUGCAUUUAGACCGAGAUUCUUUAAGAACAUACAUGGAAUAUAAUUUGAUAUAUACAUGGAAUAUAUACUGAUAAUUGUUUUAUCACGAUAGGUUAAGAUCAAUUUUCUAAUGAAGGGGCACACUCAUGAAGACUGCGAUCAGUUAUUCAGUCGCUAUGGUACAAAACUUUCCAGCAAUAAUGUUGUAACCGUAGAAGGUAUGUGUAUUGAAUGUAUGUUUUGACGGCGUUAGGUGUGUUAUGACUAUAAUAUCUUUUUAGCCUUACCAAUUCAGGAUUUUUUGUUAUCUAGACAUGAUGACCAUGUUUGAGGAAUCGUACAGCCCUUCACCGAUUGCAUGCUUAUUGAACCAGAUGUUUGAUAUAAGGGAAUGGCUGACACCAGUGAAUGCCCAAUUGCACAAUAUAUCUAACCCUCAUGUUUUUGUAAUUGAAAAGAAUACAGCGAACAUUGUUGUGCUAAGGUAUAAGAAUUGGAGCAGAGAUCUCGAGUGGAAACCACAUAAUGAUCCAGCCAACGGAAUUCCUAUCCUUACCCCGGUAUGUCGUUUACGAAAUAAUGUAACUCAUUCUUAUUACGGGUCUGCAUUAAGAAAAACAGUCGUUUUGUUUGCAUUGUUUGAUUUGUCAAAGCAUGCAAGAGCACAACCUUAGCUAUAUGGAACCUCGCUUUUGUAAUUCACAUACUUUGUCUAGAGCUACAGGUCAUUUACGGAAGCAAGGCCCUAUAGUCACGGGCCUCACGGCUGAAUACUUUCCGGAAGAAUGUACUGCUGAUAGUACUAUAAUUUGUAUUUUUACCCUGUUUUAUCCGAUUCUUCAGUACACUAUAUAAAACGAUUUUCCAAGGAAUAUAUUUGUAUUGUGUCAGGGAAGAUUUUGCUGACUGCGAACUUCGUUUUUUGUAAUUUAGAAUGUGGAUGUACCAAUUACAGUUCCCAACCUCGUGCCGUCAUCGCCUGACAAAGUCGAUUUGCAACGUUUGGAACGAGACAUCCCCAAGUUUCUGGAUAAUUCCAGGGUAAUAACACAGGAGCAGCGUGAGUGGUGGCACCGCUGGUUUUCGAAUUCACAAAAGGUCUACGGACCAGCGCCACCUAAACCUAAUACAUGGUUACUGAAUGAGUUGAAGCAGAAGAAAGCCAACUGCAUCAUCACCAAUGACCAGGAGACAAGAGAUGAAGAAGACGGAAACGAAAUUCCAUCAGGUGUUCCUGAUGAUGUGCCGAAGAUUGUGGCAGCUCAAUGUGGAGAAAUUCCAGAGGUAUAUAAAAUGUAGAAAAUUUAAAUUAACCCAAAACGGAAGAAUCGUGUUGUAUUCUUCCUAUAAUUAACUCGGCUAUUUUUUUAUAUUUUAGGUCUAUGUUGGAUCAUACCGCAAAAGAACAACAGUUACUACUGUAGACAAUGUAUGGGACCAUGUUCUCGUCGAGUCGCUUGUUGCGGUUAACCUGGAAAACUACAAUAAAGUUCCUGUCAUUGGGAAAGUUUUGGAAAAAAAGGACAAUGAAUUUACAAUUCAUUAUUGGAAGGGUUCGUGGAACAAAAAAUGGGAACCAUGGCUUCACAGUGAACGACCUUGGACAGAUGUACUUCCAAAAGAAUGUGUUUACCUGGCUGCUUUUACUCUUAAUGAAGGUGACAAACUUUCUGCGGACACAAAAAGGCAAAUGAAAUCGUUUUUGAAUGGUGGACAAAACCAGUAA